CGUGCUGUAAUAAUGAUGAAAAAAAUCCAUGAAGUAAACCAUUUCUAAAAAUAGAAGUAGCCAGAUUCAGAGUCAAAACUCUGCAGCUGUAACUUCUUUUAUUUUAUUUAUUUUUUUAUUAUUGGUUUUGUUCGUCAAAAGUAAAUAUGCUGCAGGAGGGGUGGCUCUAGAUCCGAUUAUGCUAAACUGUAUCAGUUCAAAGCGAAGACACACUCUUAUAAGAAAAUUGAAUCAAGUGCGUUUGACCCUGCGGUCAGAGCCCCGGAGACUGUGACAUGAAUUUGAUCUGGCUAGUAGGCAGGAAAGAUUAACCGAGCAGAUGUCGUUUUCCUCCCCUAUUGGAACAGUAGGGCCAAUAAUAAACACAAACACACACACACACACACACACACACACACGCACACACAGGCACACACUAAUCUGAGAGAGGCUAGUAGCCCUUGCGCAUCCCUGUCUCUCUCCUCUUCUGUUCUCUCGGGCAGACAGUCGCUGUUCCAGUCCCACCAAUGUCAAGUUUUCUCCACACUGUGUGUUUUUUUGUUCUUUUGCGCACAGGUCUUCCUUCACCACCCUGCAUGAGUUCACCACAGACAUUGUCCCCUUUGGCGUGAGUUGCGGCACUGCUCCAGCCUCCAGAUGGACGCACGGGGGACGAAGAAGACACUGUGCGGGAGAUGGCGUGCCGUGUGCCGUUUUGCGCUGUUCACUUGUUUCCUGGACGCAGUGUGCGGACAGAUUCGCUACUCCAUCCCCGAGGAGCUGGAGCACGGAGCUUUUGUCGGCAACAUUGCGGAGGACCUGGGUCUGGAUCUAGACAAGCUCUCUGCGCGCAGAUUCCGGAUAGUCUCGGGUGCCAAGAGGCAGUACGUGGAGGUAAAUUUGGAGAACGGAGUUUUGUUCGUCAACGAGAGGAUUGAUCGUGAGGAGCUGUGCGAGCAGAGUUUGUCCUGCUCUUUUCACCUGCAGGUGGUCAUAGAGAACCCCCUGGAGCUGUACAGGGUGGAGAUGGAGAUCCUGGACGUGAACGACAACUCUCCCAGCUUCCCGUGGACCGAGUUCAACCUGGACAUAUCGGAGUCCGCUGCGCCCGGAUCACGCUUCCCACUCGAGAGCGCACAGGACCUGGACGUUGGGUCCAACUCGCUCCGCACCUACUUGCUGAGCGUCAACGAGCAUUUCCUUUUGGACAUCCAGACGCGCAGCGACGGCAGUAAAUUCGCAGAGCUGGUUCUGCAGAGCCCGCUGGACAGAGAGCAGCAAAGUGCACAUCAGAUGGUCCUGACGGCGGUGGACGGGGGCGCGCCGGAGAGGUCCGGCACUGCGCAAAUUGAUAUCACCGUUUUGGACGCGAACGACAACGCGCCCGUCUUUGACCAGUCGUUUUACAGAGUGAGGCUCGCCGAGAACGCACCCAAAGGCACAGUUGUCAUAAAACUCAACGCGUCCGAUUUAGAUGAGGGUCCCAAUGCCGACAUCACUUAUUCCUUCAGCGGCCACGCUCCCAUCAAAGUGCGCCAGCUUUUCAGCGUGGACUCGCGCACGGGGGAAAUCAAAGUCAAGGGAGUGAUAGAUUAUGAAAAAGCCAGGAUGCAUGAAAUAUAUGUCCAGGCUAAAGACAAAGGCCCCUCGGCCGUAGCAGUUCACUGCAAAGUGCUGGUGAACGUCCUGGAUAAGAACGACAACCUGCCGGAGGUGAUCCUGACUUCAGUGUCCACACCUGUGCAGGAGGACGCGCCUCCUGGAACGGUGAUCGCCGUCAUCAGCGUCAUGGACAAAGACUCAGGUGAAAAUGGGAACGUGGACUGCGAGAUCCCGCACCACGUCCCGUUUCAGCUGCACUCGUCCUUCAAGAACUACUACACGCUGGUAACCUGUGAUUUUCUGGACAGAGAGGCGGUGGCGGAGUUUAACAUCACCCUGACCGCCCGAGACAUGGGCUCCCCACCGCUGUUCACGAGAAAAACUAUUUUGGUUCAAGUGUCUGAUGUGAAUGAUAACGCGCCUCACUUCAAGCAGCCAUCCUACACCGUGUAUCUGACCGAGAACAACGCGCCCGGAGCCUCGAUUUGCUCGGUGACCGCACAGGAUCCAGACUCGGGUCAGAACGCGUACCUGUCCUACUCCAUACUGGACGGAGACAUACAGGGGAUGCCCGUGUCCACGUACGUGUCCAUAAACUCAGACAACGGGAACAUUUACGCGCUGAGAUCCUUCGAUCAUGAGCAGCUUAAAAACUUUCAGAUCACAGUGAAAGCUCAAGAUGCCGGCUUUCCGCCUCUGAGCAGCAACGUGUCAGUGACUAUCUUCAUACUGGACCAGAACGACAAUCCACCUGUGAUCGUGUCGCCGGUUCCGCAGAAUGGAACGACGCCCAGCGGGGCAGUGCCCAGAUCCGCGGACGCCGGUCACCUUGUCACCAAAAUCAGCGCUGUGGACGCAGACGCGGGUCAAAACUCGCGUCUCUUCUAUCAAAUGCUGCAAGCGACGGACCCGAGCUUGUUCAGCGUGGCUCUGUACACGGGCGAAAUCAGGACAAUACGCCAGUUGGUGGAGAAGGAGCCCACCAGGCACAGACUGGUCAUCCUCGUGAAGGACAAUGGUCAGCCGCCCCUCUCGGCCACAGUUUCCAUCAUCCUGUCAGUGGUUGACAGCCUGCCAGAUUCGCAGCCCGAUUUGGGUGACCUGUCACUAAGCCCGCAUCACAGCUCUAACCUCACCCUGUACUUAAUCGUGUCCCUGGGCGCAAUCUCCUUCACGUUCCUGGUGGCUAUCAUCGUCCUGGUUGCAGUGCGCAGACUGAAGGGCAGAGCGUCCAACGGAGAGUCCAACUUCCCCCCCGUGAGCGGCGGCUGCUGCGGCGGCUGCUGCUCUCGCUCGGAGUCGCCCACCACCACAGAGGUGUUCAAGAAGUCCAACCUGAACGUCCGGAUGUCCUCGGGCGCGUCGGGCUGCUCGGAGUCGAACAGCGGCGGCGCGCUGCCUCAGGUGUACUGCUACAAAAUGUGCCUGACACCGGAGUCCUCCAAAAGCGACUUCAUGUUCCUGAAGCCGUGCAGCCCGGUGAUGUCCGCCCAGCAGAAUAACUCCAAGAGCACAGAUUACCUGACGUCCGGCUGGAGCGCACUGGACCGGAUCGACCUGACCAACAACAGAGCGGCGACCCCGAACGAGCUUAAGUAUUCGAACAAGGACUGGACCUGGACAAAGAACCAACGCAACUCAGCAUACAAGAGGUAUAGUUCAGGAAACAUGGAGGGCACUCUUUCUCGCCAGCAAAAAUACGAUGCCAGCGGGUUUUCCUGCUCUGUAGCUCCGCAGUACUGGACCUGGGGAAAUCACAUGAAGGAAUGCAAGAUGACUCUUCAGGAGGGUCCGGGUCUUCACUACUCAUGGGCUCCGAAGUACACCCAGCCUCAGUCUGAGCCACCUGACUACCAGCACAACGUAUACAUACCCGGCACCACGUCCGACUACAGCACCCUGAAGCUGUCACCCAGAGGAGAGCUGGAUGUGUACAACACGUUCUCCACUUUUGGAAAGAAAAAGAGGUUCAUCUCGCACUACGAACAGUCUUUCGACGGAGACGACGGUCUCAUAAGCAACCCCAUCUUCAACUGACGCGACAAAUCACGCUGUAUAUUCUGUUCAUGAUGUAUAUGUCACGAGGUAGUUACGUUUAUAACUAUAAAUUGCUUCUCUGGUGAAAGUACUGCUGUUGGAGGCGGGCUCCCUUUUUUUUUCCCCAGUGGGAAUUAAAGCUGCGAUAUGUAAGAAUUGAGAGGGUGCGACAUAUCACCAGGGUAACCACUAACUGUUGCUAUCUGUAGCUAUUGUUAACUAAUUAGCACAGUUAGCCAUUCAUCUAGCGGUCUGAAGUUGCAGUUGUGUUGCUGUUCACACUGCUACCGCACAGGAGCUUUUGCUUUGCUAACUGGUUAGCGUGCUAGUAGACAUCCCUGCAACACAAAACAAACACACCAUAACUUCAAAACUGUCCUCACAGGCUGCUGAUCAUUUUAGUAAUGUUUUCAACUAAAACUUGUUACAUAUUGCACCUUUAAUACUUCUCCCUACCAAAAAUAUAUUUCUAUUUUUUUCUGUAAAUACUGAAAUAAAAGUAUAGAUAUCAAAUAAAGUAAAAAAAAAAUUAAAAAGUCUAUUUUGAGCCAUAGUGAGCUCUCCAGUUACCAGACACAGUCUUUUCUAAUAUGAGUCCAGUUUAUAGGCAGUAAAUUGGAGCUCAGCUCAGCUAAAUGUGAUCUGAUCUGGAGGCUGCUGUCCCUCAGUAAGGUCAUACUGAAUGUCUAACUCCAGGAAAAGGUUCACGAUUCCUGCAUCUUACAUGAGGUUUGUCCUUGUGCCAGUCACGUUUAUGUAGACAAACACACAUUUUUGUCUUACAGGGUCAGCUGUGUUUGCAAGAAACGUGAAACCAUCAAAGUACUGGUUCCAAAUGUAAUAUGAUGUUUGAAGAUGAACAUUAGCUGUUAGAUUCAACAGCAAGAAGAGGCUUUGUGGGUUUUGUUUUUCACAAAUGCUGUAAAUCAAGGUUGGAUAACAAAGCCGUGGUAUGGUUACAGUUGUCUUAUAGGUUCAGCUUUGAUCAUCCAAUCAUUCCUGUCACAUUCAAUGCCUGGUCAUUUGUUAACAAGUCUAUUAAGUGUGACAGCAGUGCAGGCACAAUGCACAAGCAGUGCUAACGAAUGGUAGAGGUAAUGCAAUAGAAAACAGCACAGACGGGUGAGAGACUGAACAGCGAACACAGCUGAUUUCAGAAGCGUGACACUGAGAUGAUGAGAGGAAUAAUGCAACAGCUUUGUUUCUGCUCGUCGGGCCUGUGCAGCGGAUCCUUACGCUGACACAGCACAUCAAACUGUUGACACUUAGGAGGGCAGUAAGAAGGUGUAACCGGUUGAAUGCAUUCCAUAUUUGUAUUUAUCAUCAGGGUCUGAAAUGUAUAUCUACAGAUGAUUUCACAGUUAUGCUUAUUAGGACUAAUCACUCUGUGUAUAGUCUAUGUACAG